UCUUAUGCUCUUGUCCUCUGCGUGACACCCCAGAGAGACCCUCUGCAUCCUUUAAGCCCCAGUUUUCCUGCCCUCAAACUUUGAAAUCCUACUCUUUUCUUGAAAGGCUUUCACUUUCUCGUGCUUUCUUGGCCCCUCUGUGUCGUCGGUUGAUUUUCCCGGAAAAGAAAAAUGAGGUGGGAGAGAGUCCUGUUUUCGCAAGCCCAGGAACCAGAGCAGAGCACAGAAGAGGCUGGUGGCCCCGGAAAGAGGUGGGGCCACACUUGCAACACGAUCAAAGGAGGGAGAUUUCUCUACGUGUUCGGUGGCUAUGGCAAAGACAACUGCCAGACCAACCAAGUUCACGUCUUUGACACUGUGGAGCAAACAUGGAGUCAACCCACAAUAGAAGGCACGCCACCUGCUCCAAGGGACAGCCAUAGCUGUACUAAUGUUGGUGACAAUUUGUUUGUGUUUGGUGGGACAGAUGGGAUGAACCUUCUCAGUGAUUUGCAUAUACUAGACACUUCUUCUCAUACAUGGAUAUCACCACUUAUAAGUGGGGAGGGACCGGAGGCAAGGGAGGGUCAUAGUGCAGCACUAGUGGGUAAAAGGCUGUUCAUAUUUGGUGGAUAUGGAAAAUCCCCUGAUGAUGACGAUGAAGUAUAUUAUAAUGAUCUCUUCAUAUUAAACACAGAGACAUUUGUAUGGAAAAAGGUUAUGACUACUGGUAUCCCACCUUCACCACGUGAGAGUCAUAGCUGCUCAACCUGGAAGAACAAAAUGAUUGUGAUUGGUGGUGAAGAUGCACGUGAUUACCAUUUUUCCGAUGUCCAUAUUCUUGAUACAGACACCAUGAUGUGGAUGGAACUGAAUACCACCGGCCACAUGCUAGCCCCUCGUGCUGGACAUUCGACUGUUACUUUUGGGAAGAUUGUGUUUGUUUACGGGGGAUACACAGAGGCCCAAAAGCUAUAUGAUGACCUGUAUAUGCUUGAUGUUGAAUCUGCUACAUGGACUAAGGUGACUGCUGCAGGUUCUGGACCUUCUGCCAGAUUUUCCAUGGCUGGGGACUGUCUGGAUCCAGUUCGGAGUGGGGUUCUUGUCUUUGUGGGUGGUUGCAAUAGAAGUCUCGAGGCUCUUGACGAUAUCUAUUACUUGCACACAGGAAUCAUUAGGGAACACAAGCAAAGGCUAGAGAAGCUACCCUUGAGGAAGAAACUGAAGCUGAAGUGCCAAGAACAAAAUUUGACUCUAGGACAUGAUAAAGCUUUGGUGCAAGUUGGUGUAAGCGCAAGGUCAUGUCAACCUGUGCCGCUAUCGAUCUGUGGUCAGCCAGGUUCCGAAAGUUAUCCAUAUAAGCAAUCAGUGCCUUUCCAGGGUAAACCGAUGUUUGAAGCGAGACUGAUUGAAAAUUCUGGUGAUCGAUACACCAUUGAGACAAUCAUAGAUGGAGAACCUCUCCGUGGGAUUUUAUUUUCUAGUAAGCCCAGCACUCUUCCCCUACCGUUUUCAAGCUCCAGCAGGACAAGAACUUGUGGAGAUUUGAGUAGUGGUACGCCAAGCGGAGGUUGACCCGAUUGUAUGAUGCUUACGCGUGACAUAUCCUCACGGAGGUUGACAUGAUUGGAGUUUUGUUAUUUAGAUUAUUUUAUACCAUCAACUAAUGGACCCCAACUUGCCUUUAGCUGGAGAAGGAUAGGUAUCUUGCUGUGGGGUUUUGACUUUAAUUUUGGGUUUCGAGUCUUGGCUGUAGCUAAUUGACAUUUAUUAAGUUUAGUAUUGUAAGUUUUAACUUUGGAGAUUGUUCUGUGGCUUUCACAACAAUCUCAUAUUUAAAGGGUAAUGUUCACAUUCUUACUGAGGAGGACAGGUGAAGAAGCUUGGAGAAGCACCUUGUUUUUUUCCCUAUUCUUCUCUACUUAAAGGUUGGUAUUGCAUAGAUUUUGAUGCCAAAAGCAAGUUGGACCAAAGUUCAGAUGCAGCAGCAGGGGGCUGAGUCCAAAUUGAAGUACUGUAGAGCUCCUUAAUGAGACAAUCAAGUUGGCAUGUUAAUAACUUACAAUGCCUUUAUGUGAUUCUGUUGCUGGAAGAGGUGAAAGAAAAGCAACCAAACCUGAAUUUGCUUUUUAAUGCUGAAUGUAUUUCUGUGUUUUAUAGCU